AUGAGUAACGCGCUUGAGAGUGGACUUGCAUGUGGUGAGCUUUCCCUUCACGGGGAUUACGCUGGGCCCGUAAGAUCCAAUACCUUACAUCGGGAUCGUCGCCCCCGAUGGAAAGAACUCUCUGAAUUCCUAGAAAGUCAAAAAAUGAUGAUCAAAGGAACGGACAAGAACCUUGGGCCUGUUAUCUUUUCGCGCGACUGGUACAUAAGCGAAGUGGAGAAAUUCCUCGCCGAUGGUCAAAACUACCGGAAAUUGGAAGUUAGUUGGGCAGGGGACCCCGGUCCCACCUUGUUGUCAUACAACAAGGAUCACCCGAUCAACGGAAGAUUCAAGUGGCUGGCCAACACCAUCCAUGAAGUAAGGCGUGAUCUUACCCACAUUACACGAUGCCUUAUCGACGUAACCACCAAGCAAGAAAAGGAAUACCUUGAACGGUGGAAUUUGCAAUUUGACAUCCCUCGAUUUCACGGUAUCCCAAAGAUACAUAAGAGACCUUGGGCUAUUCGUCCUAUUGCCCCCGGACAUUCCUGGGUUACGUCCCCCCUUGCUAAAUGGGUACAGGUUAAAAUAGCCGGCGCCGCUAAGGCAACACCAUGGAUUGUUCAAUCAACCAAGGAUGUUGCGGCGCUAUUACGCAAGGCUAUUAUCCCUGACCACCGGACCCGCCGUAAAAUGUUCGUAUGUACAGGUGACGUAGUCGCCAUGUACCCGAAUAUCCCUGCAGACGCACAUUCCAUUGUUGCUGCAUGGUUUGCGGAUCACCCGGCGCAAUUAGAUCCCGUUUUGAACGAUAACGUGCAUCUAUUGCAAGACGCCAUGCGAAUUGUCAACCAAUAUGGGAUGGUUGAAUUCAAUGGCUCGUUCUAUUCACAGCUCAAAGGUUUAGCGAUGGGAGCUGCCUGCUCCCCUGAUAUCGCAAAUAUUUAUGCUGCAUACUACGAAGAACGAAACGUUGAUUUCAACGUGCAAACUUUCGAGCACAAUAAUCCAAUAAAGAUUUAUUGUCGCUAUAUCGACGAUUGUUUAGCUAUUAUCGAGGCUGACUCUGCGGAGCAUUGUUGGGCAAUCCUCGAUAAACAUAACCUCGGACCGGUACUCCGCACCGAAUGGUCCGUGGUUGGUGAAGGUGAGGGACCCAGUCCGUUCCUCGAUUUAGAAAUCGAUAUUCUUUCCGGUAGUACACUUGACUUUAAACUUUACCGGAAACCCUUCAACCACUUUAUGCGUAUACCAUGGGAAAGCGCUCACCCGACGCAAGUCAAGAAAUCCGGAUUUCAGGGUGAACUUACCCGGAUAGCCACCUGCUCGUCUAGACGCGAAUUCUACGACCAGUCAGUAGCAGAGUAUAUGGAACUACUCAUUGCGCGGGGAUAUCCACGUCAAGUCCUUCUAGCUUGGAAGGAACAAGAAGUCGAGAAACGCUGGAAUCUCGCUGUAUUACCAAAAGUCGAUCCAAAGGCUCAUUCCUAUGCGGUCCUCAAAACUUCUUACAAUGACGUAUGGAGCAACGUUAAUGUUGCAUCCUUUAAGACGGCGAUUAUCGAUGGAGCGAUUGAGGCUGGAGCGCUUUCCACGAAAGACGCAUUAUUCCUAGAAUCCAUUCGUGACACAAGAUUCCUUAUAUCGUACAAGCGCACACGAAAUCUGUCUGACGACGUGAACGCGCUUAAUGUCCAGAUGUCUAGAAUUGAUCCUGAAUCAUUCAAUGACUUCGCCACGAGUGGUGCAUUCGACCUCUCUAAAGUUCUGUCUGUACAACGUACGUACAACGAACAAACCGAUGGUGACGACUCGUCAUUCAAUUCUUCCUCGGGAGAACUUUGA